AUGUCCAUUGGAACAUACUGUAGAUGCAAAGAUCCCUUGUACUAUGUUUCUAGUAAUGGUGAAAAUCGGUCAGAUGCUGAUCGCGAGGACAAGACGGAACGUUCUCAAACCAGUCAUGUCAGCAAAGCAUGCAACUUCUUGUAUUGGCAUCUUGUAGCACAGGUCAGAAGAAUGAUGGAUGUUCUUGUAAAAAAAGCCAAGGUGUCCAAACAUAAAUCACCUGAAGAGCUUUCAUCAAGAUUCGUAAAACUAAAUCAACUGCAAACACUGCAGAAGAAGUCAAAUCAUCAAGAUUACGAUAUACAUGAACAAGCAAAACAAGCUGGUCAUACUAUGAGUUUCUGA